ACCAAAUAAUUUCUCCUCUUCCAUUGCUUAAGAGCGUUGAAGUUAUUAAUGAACAAAGAGAGCGAAAGAUGAUGAUUGCUGGAGGAGAGGAGUGCGAUUCUUCGAAGAAACCCGUUGAAAUCCCUCGCUAUGGGACUUUCGCACAGGCAGCUGUACCACCCGUCGCUCCUCUUCGCGGUUCUCCUCAUUUGUACCAACAGCAACCCAAGCUCCCUCCAGCUCAACUGCCCGCUUACCAAGUCAUACCUGUGGGAUACCAAUCCAUCCCUUAUGCGGUAGUGGCAGAGGGCAUACCCAUCAGAGAGCAUCGCCUUCCAUGCGGUGGCAUUGGUAUUGGAUGGGUUUUGUUCUUGUCUGGCUUCUUGCUUGCUACGGUUCCAUGGUAUAUUGGGGCUUUACUUUUUCUUGUUGGAGCCCUGGAUCAUCGAGAGAAACCUGGAUUGGUUGCAUGCACCGUUGCUGCAGUUCUUGCAGCAGUGCCGAUCUCUUUUAAAACUUUCUUUGAUUAUUUUUCUUAAUGGCAUUCAACUGAUAAGCAUGUGGGUUCGUUGGAGUGUGGCUCGUAUAUUUGUACUGCUAUUCAUCAAAUGUUUUCAAGAAUAAAUAUUUGAUCUGCUUGUUCGUGUAUUUGGUAUCAGGUUGUCUAUGAUCUCUUGCUUUGUGUUAUCCUCAUUGUGAUUAUUUGCUAUAUUACUUUCAAGCAUUGUUUGAUCCAGUUUUAUGUCAAAUGAUCUGUUGCAUUGAUGCAAGUAAAUACAGUGUUGUGUGGUCAGUUGAUUUCU